AUGGCUUCUUCUAUCGAGCCUCGAGAUGCCUGUGUUGUUGGAGUUGCAAGAACUCCAAUGGGUGGAUUUCUUGGUUCCCUCUCAUCGGUUCCUGCUACAAAGCUCGGUUCUUUAGCUAUUCAGUCUGCUCUCGAGAGGGCAAAUGUUGAUCCUUCUCUUGUUCAAGAGGUCUUCUUUGGAAAUGUUCUUAGUGCAAAUUUAGGCCAAGCUCCGGCCAGACAGGCUGCAUUGGGGGCUGGAAUCCCACAUUCGGUCAUCUGCACAACAAUUAAUAAAGUUUGUGCUUCUGGAAUGAAAGCAACUAUGCUUGCUGCUCAGACCAUACAAAUGGGGCUUAAUGAUGUUGUUGUAGCUGGCGGCAUGGAGAGCAUGUCCAAUGCACCAAAAUAUUUAGCUCAAGCAAGAUCGGGUUCCCGUCUAGGACACGAUACUGUUAUCGAUGGAAUGCUCAAAGAUGGACUUUGGGAUGUCUACAAUGAUUUUGGAAUGGGAGUUUGUGCAGAACUGUGCGCUGAACAACACCACAUCACUAGAGAAGACCAAGACUCUUACGCUAUUCAAAGUUUUGAGCGUGGAACUGCAGCACAAAAGAGUGGUGUGUUUGCUUGGGAAAUUGUUCCUGUUAAAAUUUCUGGUGGCCGAGGGAAAAAUCCAAUUAUAAUUGAUAAGGACGAAGGUCUAGGAAAGUUUGAUGCUUCAAAACUGAGAAAGCUUCCCCCAAGUUUUAAGAAGACCGGAGGUUCUGUCACUGCUGGAAAUGCCUCUCUCAUCAGUGAUGGGGCUGCUGCAUUAGUCCUAGUGAGCGGUGAGAAGGCGCUUAAGCUUGGAUUAAAAGUAAUCGCUAGGAUCCGAGGAUAUGCUGAUGCAGCUCAGGCGCCUGAAUUGUUUACAACUGCUCCAGCUCUUGCAAUACCUAAAGCAAUAUCAAAUUCUGGCUUGGAGCAUUCUCAAAUUGAUUAUUAUGAGAUCAAUGAAGCCUUUUCUGUCGUGGCUCUUGCAAAUCAGAAAUUACUGAAUCUUGAUAUGGAGAAGCUGAAUGUGCAUGGUGGAGCUGUGUCUUUGGGACAUCCGUUAGGCUGCAGCGGGGCUCGCAUCUUAGUUACAUUGCUUGGGGUUAUGAGACAGCAAAAUGCCAAGUUUGGGGUUGCUGCAGUGUGCAAUGGGGGAGGAGGGGCAUCAGCAGUUGUUGUCGAGCUCAUGCAACUUCAGUGGGUAGCUAGACAGGAGUUAGAAGCGCUACGUAUAGAUACAUGUAAACUACAAGAAAUGUUCAGCUUUCAUGUAAGACGAAACUCCACUGAUUCUCCAAACACGUUAGUCGGUGCUCCAACGAAAUGGAUGGGGUCAUCUCCCGGAUCCAAUUCCGGCGGGUCUCCUCGAGCUGAGGUCGGAGAGAUUGACACCAGCGCCCCGUUUCAAUCGGUGAAAGCGGCUGUCAGUUUAUUUGGUGAUGCCGCCACCUCUCCCCGGAAUGUCACCCCUUCCGCCACCAACAGACCUGUUGGUGUCAGGAGGCCCAGAACCCCCGAUGAUCAGAGAGUUCUUGAGAAAGAGACACAGAUUCACUUGGCUCUCAAAGAAUUGGAAGAUUUCAAGGAACGACUCAAGAAUACCGAAGCUACAAAAGCUCAAGCUCGUCGGGAACUCGACAAGGCCAAUCGAACCCUCCAAGAGCUCACCAACAAGCUCGAAAUCAUAAGCGAAUCAAAGCAAAACGCCAUGGAAUCUGCGGAAGCCGCCAAGGAAAGGGUGCAGGAGAUGGAAGAGCAAAAGUCGAGUCAAUUGGAAAGAGGAGAAGGAGGGGGAGGGGGUCAGGGGGUGGAUGCUUGGAAACAGGAUGUGGACAAUGAAAGAGAACAAUAUAAGGCCUCUUCCACGGAGCUCAUAUCUGCCAAACAAGCGCUCACGAUGCUGAGGCGGGAUUUUGAUGGCGCCCUGGAAUCCAAAUUGGCAGCGUUCCAACAAGCCGCGGAUACGCAACACGUCACCCAAGUCAAUCAGGAAAGAGUGUCCCAAAUCUCAAAAGAGAUCACUAGUUUGCGGGAAACCCUUGGACAGGUGAAGCUAGCGACGCUGGAAGCUCAAGAUAUUCGUAAUCAGCACAACCUGGAAAGGGAAGCUCGACUUGAGUCGCAUGCCCGAGCAAAGGGGGAGUUGGACUUAAAAAUGAAGUCGUUAAAAGAAGGGAACGACGGCCAGCUGCUGCUGCAGCCUCCUAAGGUGAUGGAGGAAAAGCUAGAGGAGGCUACUGAGGCGGUCAAGGUAUUGCAAGAGCAGCUGAAUAACGUCAAGGAGUCUGACAUGUCAUCCCUGAAAAGUAUAACCGAGGAGCUCAAGAAGGGCAGGAGAGAGCUGGAGGAAAUCCUGGAAGAGCAGAAUAGGGAGCGGAGCUUGGUGGAUCAGCUGGGCUUACAAGUGGAAGGGCUGAGAAAGGAGCACUCCGACUUGAAGGAGAAGGUUAUGGAAGCCGAAAAUAGAGUUGGAAGCCUAGAGGCCGAACUGAAUACAUACAAGAAUCAGCUGAGAAAAGCUAGAGAAGAGAACAUCGAUCCUGGUCAGGUGUCGUCGAUAUGUGAUGAUUUGAACUCGCAGAUCCAACAGCUCACCCUGGAAUCAAAGAAAACAAGACAAGAAACGGAGGAGAUGAAGAAAAACAUGGAGACACUGAGGGAAGAGGCAGAGAGAGCGUGGAAUGUAACCAGGGAAGCAGAGGAGAGGCUGAAAGUCACACUGGAGGAAGUGGAAGAAGCAAAAGCUGCGGAGAGGCAGGCGGGAGGUAUGAUUCACCAUCAGGAUACGAAGCAUCCCAGUUCAUCACCAUCAUCAUCAUCAUCAUCAUCGCAGCAGCCAACGGGGAAAAUCAGACUAUCAAAGGAGGAAUUCGAACGUUUGAGCAAGAAAGCAGAGGAAUGCAGAGCAGAGGCGGACAUAAAAGUGGCAACCAUCAUGGCUCAGAUGGAAUCCAUCAAGGGCAGAGAGAGGGAAGCCCUCAAGACAGUGGAGGCAGUAAAGGUUGAGAAACAGAGAGUGGAGAGUGCAAUCGAAGAAGCAUUGAAGCAAGCUGACAUGGCGGAUGCUGCCAAACAAGUGGUUGAAGGGGAGCUCCUGAAAUGGCGUCAAAGAGAUUCUUUCAACUCUUCUUCUUAG